CUGGUGCUGCGAACUAUUACAGGACGAAGAGGACUAUUAUGAAAACGAGCAGUAUGACCAUGGACUGAUGUUUGCUAAUGUCUUAUAAAGAAGCGGGAUCACAUGAUAACGUUACAUGAAAACAGUUAGACGACGUGCUGCAGAGACAUUAAAGAGUGCCUUGACAUAAUGCUGGCAGUGGAGAACUGAGAGGAGUUUUUACAUUAUGGAGGCUUUAAUUGACUAUCUAGAUGUUUUCCACAUAAAGGCCAGUGGACUGACGGUGACGUUUAGCCUCGGCCUCAUCUUCCUGGGUCUGCUUUACUGGUAUUCAAUCUACCCAUAUUCAGUCCUUUCACGAUGUGGCAUCAAACACCCAAAGCCAAUGCCUUUCCUGGGCAACAUAUUCAUGUUUCGUCAGGGUUUUUUCAACCCUAUCAAUGAUCUGAUAAAGACGCAUGGCAGAGUUUGUGGGUAUUAUUUGGGCCGGAGAGCGGUGGUGGUGAUAGCGGACCCUGACAUGCUCAGACAGGUGAUGGUCAGGGACUUCAGCAGCUUCCCAAACAGAAUGACUGUUCGCUUUGCCUCCAAGCCCAUGACAGACUGCCUGCUCAUGCUGAGGAAUGAACGCUGGAAGAGAGUGCGGAGCAUCCUGACCCCGUCCUUCAGCGCUGCCAAGAUGAAAGAGAUGGUUCCGCUCAUCAACACAGCCACCGAUGCCCUGAUGACGAACCUGGAAGUCUCCGCUGAGUCAGCAGAAGCCUUUGACAUCCACAGAUGUUUCGGCUGCUUCACCAUGGAUGUCAUUGCCAGUGUGGCAUUUGGAACUCAGGUGGACUCUCAGAAAAACCCAGACGACCCGUUUGUCCGCCAUGCUCAGAUGUUCUUCGGCUUCUCUUUCUUCAGGCCCAUCAUGCUGUUCUUCAUUGCUUUCCCAUUCAUCAUGGCUCCUCUGGCGGGACUCAUCCCAAACAAAAGGCGUGACCAGAUGAAUAGUUUCUUCACGAAUAGCAUCCAGAGGAUCAUCCAGCAGAGAGAGGAGCAGCCUCCUGAGCAGAGGCGUAGAGACUUCCUCCAGCUGAUGUUGGAUGCACGAACCAGCAAGGAGCAUGUGUCUUUGGAGCACUUUGACUCAGAGAAGCACGCUGCUGAGCUGGAUCAGAAGAACCAGCUGUCGGCCUCAGAUCAGGACGACCGUCCGUCCCCACAGGAGCCCCCCACCAUGCGCCCACAGAAAAAGAUGAUCACUGAGGAUGAGAUUGUGGGCCAGGCUUUUGUCUUUCUGCUGGCAGGCUACGAGACCAGCAGCAACACGUUGGCCUUCACCUGCUACCUCCUGGCCAUCAACCCCGAAUGUCAACGCAGAGUGCAGGAAGAGGUGGACAAGUUCUACACCAGACAUGAGUCAGCGGAUUACACAAAUGUCCAGGAGCUGAAGUAUUUAGACAUGGUGAUAAGUGAAACACUGCGCCUCUACCCUCCAGGAUUCAGGUUUGCGAGAGACAUCGACGAGGACUGUGUGGUGAACGGACAGUUCCUCCCCAAAGGAGCAACUCUGGAGAUCCCCGCCGGCUUCCUCCACCAGGACCCCGAGCACUGGCCCGAGCCGCAGAGCUUCAUCCCUGAGCGAUUUACACCAGAAGCUAAGGCCAGUCGACAUCCCUUCGUAUACCUGCCGUUCGGGGCCGGACCCCGUAACUGUGUGGGAAUGAGGCUCGCCCAACUGGAAAUGAAGAUGGCUUUAGUUCGUAUAUUCCGCAAGUUCAGCAUCGUGGCCUGCUCUGAGACCAAGGUUCCUCUUGAGUUGAAGUCAGCAAGCACCCUGGGACCUAAAAAUGGCAUAUUUGUGAAAAUUGAAAGAAGAGACGCUGGAGAAGGCGAAGUGAAUUCUCCGCCAGCAGACAGUUAGAGAGAGAUAUCACCAUGGACGGUACAAACCUGAUGAACCGUUACAAAGCAUACAUAUUCAAUAGUUAUCUUAUACAAGAUUGAAACUUUGCAUUUGAAGGGGGGUGCUGCCUGAGCCGGGGGGGGGUGGCAUUGGGAUAUAUAUUUUUUAAACCCUCUGGAGCAGAGAGAGGAGCUGUGGAUUAUUGUUAUUGAUUAAUGCAUCAGUGUUUCUUAGGGUCAAAAACACUAAACUCACAACUUAAAAUGAAAGUGUUUAGUUUAUUUGAUAAAAGAGCACAUUUUCGUGUGAAAAGUGACAGUAGAUAUAGAUUAGUUGCAAUUUGGUGCUAUAUAUAUAUUUAAAAAAUGUAUUUAAUAUAUUUAGCGCCCCUCCAAGACAAUGGUAUGGGAAACACUGCUGUAUUUCUCGAUGAUAAUGCAUGGUUAGUGCCUUUCUUUUUGGUGAGUGAACUUUAAAGGGUACUGAAGACGAGACGUGAGUAAAAAAAAGAGUCGAGCGAAUAAAGACGCACUGCAUAAAAGUCUGUGAAAUGAAUGAAUUCACCUCAACUAUUUGUCUUCCUUGCACUGUAGAAUUAAUUUAUUUUAUUGAUAUGCAAGUGCAUUUAAAUAUUUAAAAGGGUGUUAUGGUCUCUACAAGUUACUGCUGUUGACUCCAGUCUUACACAAUGCUGUCACGUUACAUCUUUAAACCCCUUCAAAGGAGAGCUGCUAUUUUACAGUGAGUGGUUUUAAAGGAAAUCCUCCUGUUUUUAUUUUCUGAUGACUCAGCAUUUAUAAAAUAUCUCACAAUAGUAAACAAGAUGGAACUUGUUAGUCGUGGAGUAAAAACAUUUGAUUAAAUGUCUCAUUUAUUAUUCUUUACACUUUAUUGAAAUUAUGGUCAAUCUUAUUUAGAAUUUUAGACAAUUAUUUGGAAGUUAUUUUAUGAAACAUGGGAAUUAGAGCCCUGAAUAAAUUUGAAUUGUAAAUGUAUACAAUAAGAUGUGAUUAAUUGAUGAUUAUACAUGUAGCUGCUAUGAUGAGAGGCACAGGGCUGAACAUGCCUUUCUGAAUGAUGUACAUUUAAAAUGGGUUGAAUGGCACUUGUGUGUAAUUAAAUAUUAACAUGUGAAAAUCAGA